ACAGCUGUAGUCUGAGGCACACAGGCCCCCCUCAGUCAACACAUAGUCAGAGAAAGGAGAGGGCCGUGAAAACUAGGGCACAGCAAAACUGACCCCUUUCCCUCAAACCAGAGGCACAGAUCCAACAGAGAGAGAGAGACAGAGAGUGAGAAGGUAUAGGCUGGGGAAGAGAGAGACAUUUGUGGAAGGCUGUGUGGCUGUUAAGGAGUGAAGCCCGCGAAAAUCCACCAUCGACGUCCCCACAAGUCCGAAGUCCCCACAAAUUUGACAUCCCUUCAAGUCUGAGCCAAGUGAGGACCUCGGUGCUACCCAUUUCUUCUUCUUUGGACAUCUUCUUGUCAGUGUUUCCACGUACCAACUGCACCAUGCACAAGCGUACGAAGGUGAAGAUCACGUUCUUUGUGAUCCUGGUGGGCAUGGCCUCCAUGUUUACGGCGGUGGUGACGGACCAUUGGGCCGUGCUCAGCCCGCAGGUGGAGCAAGUGAACGUAACGUGUGAGGCGGCCCACUUUGGCCUCUGGAGGCUGUGUAAGAAGGUCAUCUACAUCAGUGAGGCGGACUACAAUGGAAAGGGUUGUGGCCCCAUCAGCCUACCUGGAGUGGAGAACUGCACCUACUUCAAACACUUCACUCCAGGGGACGAGUCUGAGAUUUUUGAAGUCAAAACCCAGAAAGAGUACAAUAUCUCGGCAGCGGCCAUCGCCAUCUUCAGCCUGGCCUUUAUGAUCCUGGGCACCUUGUGUCUCCUGUGCUCCUUCAAGAAGGGGAAUGACUACAUCCUCAAACCUGCCGGAAUGUUCUUCGCUUUCGCAGGCCUGUGCGCCAUCAUCUCAGUGGAGGUGAUGCGUCAGUCGGUGAAGCGGAUGAUCGAGAGCGAGGACACCAUCUGGAUCGACUACUCCUAUGCCUGGUCCUUCGCCUGCGCCUGCGCUGGCUUCUGCCUCCUCUUCCUCGGUGGCCUCGGCCUCCUUCUGCUCUCCAUGCCCCGCAUGCCCCAAAACCCCUGGGAGUCCUGCAUGGACGCUGAACACGAAGUGGAGUAAUAGACGGAGAGGGAUGAGAGGAGGAAGAGAGUGACACUUUCUUUAACAGCAAUAAGAUCACGAUCAAGAUCAACUUCGUGCCGUUAUAUAGUGGAACCAGAGGGUUCUUCCCCCCCCCCGAUCUGGUCUUGGCACGUGCGCUCUAGGCAACAGGUCGCAGAUACAGUGCGGGUAGGCUACCUACUUU